AUGGCGGAGAUUGGGAUCGGAGAAAUCCGCACCAAAAAAACAGCCACCGGCGCUCUGGUGCUAGAGAUCUCCUGUCCCGAGGAAUACUCCAGGGCUGAUGCCUUGGCAACGAAAAUGUCAGCCCUCUUUGCCAAAAAACAGGACGUGCAGAUUGCGCGCCCGGCGAAGAGGGCCGACAUCGGGGUCCGCGAGCUCGACGAUUCGAUCGCCGUGGGGGACGUUGUUUCCGCGGUGGCCGCCACCGGAGGUUGCGGGCCCAGGGAGGUCAAGGCCGGGUCGAUAAGAUCUGGCAGCGACCGUAUGGAGACGCUAUGGCUACAGUGUCCCCAUGCAGUCGCUAAGAAGGUCGUGGACGGAGGACGCAUCCAAGUGGGAUGGUCCUCCGUCCGCGUUGAGGCUAUGACAUGGUGCCUGCUCCAGUUCUGUAGGUGCCUGGAGUGGGGCCACAUCAGAGCUUUGUGUAAGAUCAAAGUCGACCGCAGUGGUCUUUGA